AUGGAAUCCGCAAUCGCAACCCUGCAGCAGCAUUUCGCUAGCAUCCAGGAGUAUCUCGCUCCGCUGCUGGCCAAACUGCCGCCUCCAGUGCAGACCGCAGUCACGUCGACAACCACGCGCAAUGUCGUCGCCUUUGUGCUCGUGUGGAACCUCGUCAAGUCGUUCAACAGCAUUGUCUCCGGUUUCAUGCUCAAUAAUUGGACGUCCGACAAGUGGAACUGGUCGCGCGAGGUAGUCUUCAUCACCGGCGGAUGCAGUGGCAUCGGCCAGUAUAUCGUCGACAAACUAGCAUCGAGGGGCAUCAAGGUUAUUGUGGCCGAUAUUCAGGAGCCACAGACCAAAUUGCCAUCCAAUGUGCACUUUUACAAGUGCGACGUGACCUCGACAGACAGCGUCAAGGCAGUUGGCGCAAAGGUCCGCAAAGAGCACGGCGACCCGACUGUGCUCAUCAACAACGCCGGUAUUGGCCACGAGGGCCCCAUCCUCGACAAGCCUGAGGGCACAAUCCGCAAGGUGUUUGAAGUCAACACCCUGGCUCACUGGUGGACCGUCAAAGAGUUCUUGCCCGCCAUGGUCAAGCGCAACCACGGCCAUAUCAUCACCAUUGCGAGUGCCGCCAGUUUCUUGGGUCUCGGCGAGAUGACCGACUACAGCUGCAGCAAGGCCAGUGCGCUGUCCUUCCACGAGGGUCUGACCCAGGAAAUUCGAUUGUGGUAUAAGGCCAAGAAAGUGCGCACGAGUGUCAUCCACCCAAUCUGGGUCAAAACGCCUCUGAUCAAGCCCAUCAUGGAGUCGGGCGUCAAAUUCAGGCAACCAAUCCUCGAAGUCGCAGAAGUCGGCGAUGCCAUCGUCAAGCACGUCCUCAAGGGCAACAGCGGCCAACUCAUUAUCCCGAAGAGCAUCAGCAAUGCCGGUCUGGUCCGCGCAUUGCCCAACUGGAUUCAAGAAAUUAUUCGCAAUAUCGCUUCGUUGGAUCUGAAAAAGAUUCGUGACGCGCAGGACGCACAGCUCGCCAAGGACCAGGCUGCGGCUGCGGCUGCCCGUUCUUAA